AUGUUCCAGAAUGGAGACCUUCUCAUUGGUGGUCUGUUUGAGGUUCAGAGGUACCUCAAAGUAUUCCCUGUGCUGAGCUUCAGAACAGAGCCAAAACUACCACAAUGUGAGCUCUUCUAUAUGACAAGCUUCCAGCAAGCACUAACAAUGGUUUUUGCCAUUAAUGAGAUUAAUAGCAACCCCAACCUCCUGCCUAACAUCACGCUUGGUUACCAGAUCUACGACAACUGCUUAAGGCUUGGAGUGGCAUUUCGUGGUGCCACAGCUCUGGUUAGUGGAACAGAUGAGACUAUCUCUGACCUCAACUGCAAAGGACCACCACCAGUGAUUGGAAUCAUAGGUGAUCCCGGGUCUACCCAUUCUAUUGCAAUUUCCAGUGUCUUGGGGCUGUUUCGACUGCCUAUGGUUAGCUAUUAUGCCACCUGCUCCUGUUUAAGUGACAAGAAAAAGUACCCCUCUUUCUUCAGAACAAUCCCCAGUGAUGCCUUCCAGGUGCGGGCUAUGGUUCAGAUCUUGAGACAUUUUGGAUGGACCUGGGUUGGUCUCGUCUACAGUGAUAAUGACUACGGCAUCUACGCUGCUCAGUCCUUCCAGAUGGAAAUGCAGCGGUUUGGACAUUGUAUUGCUUUUUCUGAAAUACUGCCCAAUGAUAAUAACCCCAGAGAUAUUCAACGUAUAAUGGGAGUGAUUCAGGCCUCUACAACUAGAGUGGUGGUUGUUUUUUCUGCUUCAUCCUUACUGAUACCUUUGAUGGAUACAUAUGUGUUGCAGAACAUGACAGGCAGGCAAUGGAUUGCAAGUGAAGCUUGGGUCACCUCACCUGUGUUUCACACAUCACGUUUCCUGCCCUUUCUGGGGGGCACACUGGGCAUUGCUAUCAGGCGUGGGGAGAUUGAGGGGCUUCAUGACUUUCUGUUACGUGUUCGGCCUAACAAUGAUCAAAGAAAUAAUAUAGUGAGGAUAUUCUGGGAGAACAUGUUUGGGUGCAGUUUUGAAACUGGGGGUAAAGAGACAGAAGGAGAGCAAGUGAAAAAGGUGUGUACAGGACUGGAGGAUCUGAGCUCCACAAACUCACCAUACUCUGAUGUUUCAGGGUUGAGGGCAUCUUAUAAUGUGUAUAAGGCAGUUUAUGCCCUAGCACAUGCACUUCAUGACCUGAUGCAGUGUGAAGAGGGUAGAGGACCAUUUAGUGGGAACAGUUGUGCUGUCAUAACAAAUCUUAAACCCUGGCAGCUGGUUCAUUACCUACAGAAAGUGAACUUCACCACAGGCUUUGGAGAUCACGUGUCAUUUGACAAAAAUGGAGAUGCUCUGGCCAUAUAUGAUGUGUUGAACUGGCAGCCGAGCUCUGAUGGGUCAAUAAAGCUCCACAAGGUCGGUGUCGUAAAUGAAGGGGCAGCAUCAGGAAUGAUGCUCACACUGGAUGAGGAUGCAUUUUACUGGAACUUUGAGAUGAAAAAAUCUGUGUGCAGUGAGAGCUGCCCACCAGGAACCAGAAGAGCUACAAAGAAGGGUCUUCCUGUUUGCUGUUUUGACUGUCUGCCAUGUGCUGCUGGAGAGAUUUCUAAUACAACAGAUGCUGUUGAGUGCAUGUUGUGUCCAGAUGAGUUUUGGUCCAAUCCAGAUAUGAAUCAAUGUGUACCGAAAGAAGUUGAGUUUCUGUCCUAUGAGGAUCCUCUGGGUAUCUCUCUGACCACUGCAUCUCUGCUUGGCACCUGCUUCUGCACUCUUGUGAUGGUCAUCUUUGCACAUCACAGUAACACUCCCAUAGUACGCGCCAACAAUUCAGAGCUCAGCUUCCUGCUGCUGGUGUCACUUAAACUGUGUUUCCUGUGUGCUCUACUGUUCAUUGGUCAGCCACAAUUGUGGACGUGUCAGUUAAGACAUGCUGUGUUUGGCAUAAGCUUUGUCCUGUGCAUCUCCUGCAUCCUGGUCAAGACUAUGGUGGUAAUAGCUGUGUUCAAGUCCUCUCGACCAGAGAGCAAAGGAGCGAUGAAAUGGUUUGGAGCAGCUCAACAAAGAUGCACAGUUCUAGUCCUGACAGCCCUCCAGGUUGUGAUAUGUGCAGUCUGGCUAUCAACUGCCUCUCCAACACCCCAUAAAAACAACCAGUACAUUCGCUCUAAAAUAGUAUUUGAAUGUGCUAUUGGCUCAGUGGCUGGUUUUUCUCUUCUGCUGGGAUACAUUGGACUAUUGGCAGCAGUAAGUUUCCUAUUAGCCUUCCUGGCGAGAAACCUUCCAGACCAUUUUAAUGAAGCAAAGUUCAUCACUUUCAGUAUGCUGAUCUUCUGUGCUGUGUGGAUUGCAUUUGUUCCUGCAUAUGUGAGUUCACCAGGGAAAUAUGCAGUGGCUGUGGAGAUAUUUGCCAUUCUUUCUUCAAGUUUUGGAUUACUGGUGGCCAUAUUUGCCCCAAAGUGCUACAUCAUUCUUUUUCAUCCAGAAAGAAACACUAAAAAAGCAAUCAUUGGACGAGAAACAAAAAAGAUAUAG